AUGCAAGUGUUGCUGCUUGUAGCUUGUGCCAUGACAGUCGUGGCAUGGCUUGUCACUAGCCAUCGGGUGUUGAACAACGUGCUUGAGAUCUCUAUGUGUAUUGCCUUUGCUAGAUGCGUUAGAUCAUCUCCAAUGCAAGCGUCAAACCCGGUUCAUAGAGUAGCCAACAGUUUGAAUCUUCCUGGACUGCAGUUGAUCACAAAGAAACUGUAA